AUGGUAGAUGGAGUGGUAGAUGGAAAGCCCGAAGUUGCUGAAAGUGAGAAAGGUUUGAAGAAUGUUGACACUGACAUCACCAACAUCGCGGGAACAAGCAGGAUGACCCGUAGUGGUCGGAUUUAUACUCCCAAUUUUGAUGUGAACCCUCAAGAGCCAACAAGGGGAGCUGCAAAUAUAAAUCCUACCCCAGAACGUGGAGGGGCACAGCCGGCUGUGCAAACAGAUGAAGCAAAGGUUAAGGAUCCUGUUGAGAAAACCAGUUUGUCAUUCGCCUCUUUGAAGAGUGCAAAGUCAGCAGUUGAAGGUGGAGGCCCUGCAGGUUGGGGGCAAGUUAUCAACGUCAAUGAGAAAAACGACCGUUUUGGUUUAGGCUGCAUUGAUGAGGGAUACAGACUUAGUGGUCACGGUGGCUCCCCAAGUCCAUGCUGUGAGAUAAAACUUGUAGAUGUUCCGGAAAUGAACUAUACAUCUGAUGAUCAGCCGAACCCCUGUGGUGAAUUUUGCAUCAGGGGUCCCAUUAUUUUUCAAGGAUAUUACAAAGAUGAAGUUCAAACGAGAGAAGUCAUUGACGAAGAGGGAUGGCUGCAUACCGGAGAUAUUGGAAUAUGGAUAGUUGGCGGUCGUCUCAAAAUCAUUGAUAGGAAGAAGAAUAACUUUAAGAUGGCACAAGGCGGGUACAUUGCUCCAGAGAAGAUAGAAAAUGUAUAUGUCAAAUGCAAUUUUGUGGCACAGUGCUUUAUAUACGGCGACAGCUUUAAUUCUUCUUUGGUAGCUGUUGUCUCGGUGGAUCCCGAUGUCAUGAAAGCAUGGGCUGCUUCACAAGGCAUAGUGCAUAAAGAUUUAACACAACUUUGUAAUAAUCCAAAGCAAGCACCAUUUGUUCACCUGCAACAAACAAUAAUUAAUAUAACAACAGUACAACAACCAACAGCAGCAAAAUGCUAA